GAGAAGUAACGCACGCUUUCCGAGUCCGGGCCGGGUUUUCAAACCAUAGAGACGGAAGUAACGGCAGGCCGGAAGUUCCAAGGCCUGCACCGGGACCCGAGUGGGGAGGGGGGGAGGAGCAAGGCUCAGGGUGGGAAUGGCGGCCCAGAUUCCCAUUGUGGCCACCACGUCCACUCCGGGGAUAGCCCGGAACAGCAAGAAGAGGCCGGCCAGUCCUUCCCACAACGGCAGCAGCGCUGGCGGCUACAGCGCCGGCAAGAAGAAAAAGGUGUCCGCCUCCGGCUUUGCGCAGGGUAUCAGCAUGGACGGUGUGAGUGAGAAUAAGAUGGUGCCCUCUGAUUUUAGCACAGGACCCAUGGAGAAAGCUGCCAAACCUCUGCCAUUUAAAGAUCCCAACUUUGUGCAUUCUGGCCAUGGUGGUGCAGUGGCUGGCAAGAAGAACAGAACCUGGAAGAACCUGAAACAGAUCCUGGCUUCUGAAAGGGCAUUGCCAUGGCAACUGAAUGAUCCCAACUACUUCAGUAUUGAUGCUCCUCCAUCCUUUAAACCAGCCAAGAAGUAUUCUGAUGUUUCAGGUCUUCUUGCCAACUACACGGACCCGCAGAGCAAGCUGCGCUUCAGCACCAUCGAAGAGUUCUCCUACAUCCGACGGCUGCCGUCCGACGUGGUCACGGGCUACCUGGCCCUGAGGAAAGCCACGAGCAUCGUUCCCUGAGCCUGGAGAAACAGAGAUGAGGUGGAAAACCAUUUCAAAAGGCAGACUUUGGGCUCAAGAUUUUGUUUUAUGGAAACAAACUCCUGCUGUCAAUCUGGAAAUGUCAGUGCUGUGCCUUGGAAAGAAUGUUUGGCUUUCAUUGAAGGUUUUUUUUUUCUGUUUUCCCUCCAAGUGUGAUAUUUCCUGUUGAAUUAAAUUAUACUUCAGUUGUUGCCUCAAAUAAAGUUGUUUGACAAGAAAGU